GACUCUGACCAUAGACGAAUGUCAACGUACCGCAUUGUUUUGGACAGUCCGCAUGCAGUAAACAUUCAAACACGUGAAACGUUAGAAUUUUUGCUCAAAAUAUCCUGUCGUGAAAAUGGUUAAGAAAAAGAUUGAUAAUCGAAUUCGUGUAAUGAUUGAAAACGGUGUGAAACAGGGUCAUCGCACAAUGUUUGUCGUGGUUGGGGAUAAAUGUCGUGAUCAGGUGCCGAUACUCUAUGAUAUGUUGACCAAGGCAUCCGUAAAAACACGACCACCAGUGUUAUGGUGUUACAAAAAUAAGGAUGAAGCGAUUUCCAAUCAUGGUAAAAAACGUGCUAAAAAAAUACAGGCCGGCAAAAUCAGCGUAAACGAAUCAGAUUUGUUCGAUACAUUCAGGGUAUCAACUACAAUCCAUGGGAGGUACUAUAAAGAUACACAUACAAUCCUCGGUAAAACAUACGGAGUGUGUGUUCUGCAAGAUUUCGAAGCUUUGACUCCCAAUUUGCUUGCCAGAACAAUUGAAACAGUCGAAGGAGGUGGACUAAUCAUCCUUCUGCUUAAAACUAUCAAUUCAUUGAAGCAGCUGUACACCAUGAGUAUGGAUGUUCACAAACGCUAUCGAACUGAAGCUCAUCAUGAUAUUACAUGUCGUUUCAAUGAGCGGUUAAUUCUCUCGCUAGCCGAUUGUUCACGCUGUCUUUUAGUCAACGAUGAUUUAACCGUUCUUCCGUUGUCGUCAAAAACGGCUGAGGUUAAAACAGUGGAUGUGAGUAUGGCACGUAAAAGCCCUAAUGACGUGAUGCUAGAGGAACUUAAAGAGAGCCUGUCGGACACUCCUCCUGCUGGACCUUUGGUAAAUUUGUGCAAAACGCAUGAUCAAGCUAAAGCCGUAGUGCAAUUCAUUGAUGCUCUCGCUGAGAAACAGCUGAAACCUCCGACUUCCCUGACCGCAGGUAGAGGACGCGGCAAAUCGGCUGCAAUGGGACUGGCGAUAUCUGCGGCAAUCGCAUUUGGAUAUGUGAACGUGUAUGUCACUUCACCAUCUCCUGAAAAUUUGAUAACACUUUUCGAAUUUUUAAUGAAAGGUUUUGAUGUACUGAAGUACCAGGAGCACACCGAUUAUAGUAUAAUCAGAUCAACAAAUGCUGAUUUUAAUAAAGCCAUUAUUCGGAUUAAUAUAACUCGCAACAACCGUCAAACGAUUCAAUAUAUUUCUCCAUGCGAUGCGCACUUGUUAAACGCAGCCGAUUUGUUGAUCAUUGACGAAGCUGCAGCUAUCCCACUGCCUUUGGUUAAAGCUAUGUUAGGACCUUAUUUGGUGUUUAUGGCUUCCACCAUUAAUGGUUACGAAGGAACUGGACGUUCCCUAAGUUUAAAACUUUUAUCGCAGAUUCAGAAAGACAAUAAUGCACCUCCACCGGUAAGUUUUCCUUCUUUUGUUCUCAUUAUCGGUCCAUCUAACAUACAAAAACAUUCGCAGAUCAAAUUGGAAGAAUCUAUCCGUUAUAGUCCGCAUGAUGCAGUUGAGUCCUGGCUAACAUCUCUUCUAUGUCUCGAUGCGACUGUCGUGCCAAAUCUCAAUUCUGGAUGUCCAACACCAGAUGCAUGUGAACUGUAUUACAUUGAUCGGGAUGCUCUGUUCUCCUACCAUCGUGCUGCAGAGGCAUUCCUGCAGCGGGUGGUGUCAAUUUUUGUUUCAUCUCAUUAUAAAAAUAGUCCCAACGAUCUACAAAUGCUGAGCGACGCUCCGGCACAUCAUUUAUUUUGUCUGCUGGGUCCGAUUGUGAAGAAAGAUCAACUACCGGAAAUACUUGUUGUCAUACAGGUCAGUUUGGAAGGGCAAAUAUCAUCGCAAUCGAUACAAAAUUCUCUAGCUCGUGGUAUGAAGAGUGCUGGGGAUUUGAUUCCAUGGAAUAUUGCUGAGCAGUACGGUGAUCAACAGUUCCCAAAGCUCAGUGGAGCGAGAAUUGUGAGGAUAGCGACGCAUCCGAACUAUCAGAGGAUGGGUUACGGUAAGCGUGCUAUGAAAUUGUUACGAGGAUAUUAUGAAGGACAAUGCGCCUCCUUGUCGGACAGCCUAACUGAAGAGGAAGAGAAUAACGGAAUUCAGGCAAUAGAUGAUGACGAGGUCGACCUGUUGAAGGAAACCAUUGAACCUAGGAAGAAUGUACCAACUUUAUUGAAGAGACUGAACGAGAGGAGGUCAGAACAUUUGGAUUACUUGGGUACAUCAUUCGGACUGUCAAACGAUUUAUUAAGAUUUUGGAAAAGUCAAAAAUUUGUACCAGUUUACCUUAGCCAGAAGGAAAACGAUCUCACUGGUGAGCAUUCGUGUAUAAUGGUUUCACCUAUAAGUCAUAGUUUAGAAAAAUUGGAGACUAGUGACUGGUUGAAACAAUAUUUUAUUGAUUUUCGAAGACGUAUACUGAAGCUUCUGGGUAAAUCAUUCAGAAAAUUCAGUACAGGCAUGGCAUUGUCAUUGCUUGACAACCGAGCAGCGAAACUAGAUGAACAAGAUUUGACUCAGAAAUCAAUUGAUGAAUACUUUCUCCCCCAUGACAUCCAAAGAUUGGAAAUGUAUACUCGGAAUCAGGUAGAGUACAAGUUGAUCAUUGAUCUGACGACAGAUCUAGCCGCGCUCUACUUUCAAUCGAAAAUGGCCGUUAAGAUAGAUUCGCUCCAGAAGGCGAUAUUGCUGGGAAUCGGACUGCAGCAUAAAACUGUAGACGCACUUACUGAAGAAUUUAAUAUGCCGAGCAAUCAAGUUCUGGCUAGAUUUUAUGAUUGCAUUAAAAAGCUAACAAAGUAUAUUAACACAGUUAUCGAGCGCUCAAUCGAAAGUGGUUUAGUGAAUGAGAAUGAUCUGAACACUGGUGAAAAAUUGUUAGCACUUGAUACAACAAUAUCCGACGAAUUGGCAGAGGAUGUAGAAAAGUUACGAAAGAAACAGAAGCAAGAGCUUGCAAGAUUGAAGAAAGAAAAUCUAGAUCAAUUCGUCAUCAAAGGCACGGAGGAAGAGUGGAAGAAUGUACUGACAAACAGUAAAUCCACAAUCGUCUCUAUUAAGAGUGGAGAAAAACGGAUGGCAGAAAGUAAUGGUAUGGUUCUCGAGGAAAAUAAUAAUUCUAAAAAGAAGAAGAAGGCAAAAUUUUCCUUCGAAAAAAAAAGGAAAACAUAAAAAGGUAAAGGUGUAAUAUCUUAAGAUGUGCUAAUAAAUAUGAGCAAUAU